GUCGGCGGGGAGGAGCAGCUGGUGCUGCGGGUGCAGAUCUGAGUGUACCGGAUCGGUCCGUCCGGAACCGCGUGCUGGAUCUGAGACAUGAGUCCUGACAGUGUUUGUACCCGGGCGUUUUACGGAGACGGACCUAAACAGCAUGACGGCCGCGGAUGUUGGCGGAGACUCUGUUGUCAGAGCAAACCGUGAUACUGAUGAAAAGGACGGACAUCAUGUGUUAAAAGGUGCGGUGUUUCUGACCACAGUGGCCUCGGCGGGGAUGAUCGCUGGGUUCGGCUCCACGCUGGCGCUGGCCAAGAAGAAGAGCCCAGACUGGUUCAGUAAGGGUGUGGCAGCGACGGCCGCGGCCCCCGAGUCCGGGGCCUCCCUGGCCCUCAGAGCGCUGGGCUGGGGCUCCCUGUACGCCUGGUGUGGAGUGGGUCUCCUCAGCGUCGCCGUGUGGAAAGCUCUCGGUGUCCACAGCUUGGCAGAGUUCAGACAGAAGAUGGAGUUGUUCUUCCCGGCCAUCCCGAGGAACCCAGAGGCUGCAGCCGGAUCAGAACCGUUGGACUGGGACGCCAUCUUCGGGUCCAAAUCACAGGGAUCAGCCAGAGACUGAAAACCAAUCUGGCCCUGUGGAGAUUUUACAGCUUGGAAAUGUGAAAUUAUGAAGAUAAAGUCAUACCAGAACAAGAACAGUCACAUAUUGUAAAUAAAAAAUAUUUAAAUGUUGUGAAAGUUUAAGUUUUAUGGAGGAUUUUUUCUGGUAUGUGUCAAACUUAAGGCCCGGGGGCCAAAUAUGGCCCACCAGAGCUACUUAUGUGGCCGUCUAGUCACCAAUGGGAGACAAAGUAGAACCUUCAAAAAACAUUUGUGUGCUGAAAUAUUUUAUCGAUCCAAUCAAAGCAGUUCCCAGUUUAAAGACAAAUCACAUUAAUCAGUCCCUCCAGAUUUUUGUGAUCAUACAAAAUCAAAAAACUAAUUUUAAGCAAGUUUUGCCUUAUUUGAUGUCAAGUUAUUGCCUCCAAUUAAUAUGGCAAGUAACAAAAAGUCACUUUUACUGUCAUGCAUAAACGAUAACAAAAUCAGUCAUUUUGAUUGAAAAAGAAUCACAAAAACAAUCAUGAAAUGCUGGCGCGGCUGAUCAAUGUGAAAAUAUGUCAAAUAUAUAAUUUUUACAAGUACUUAUAAGUAGGCAUGAUUUUUUUGUUUUAAUUGUAAACUAAAUAAAUCAGUGAAACAUU